GGCCGCCCUGAUUCUCAGUGGUUUGGGGUUCCCUCCCGAGAGACAGCAAUGGCCCACCAAAGCAUUCUCCGGAGGUUGGCGAAUGCGUAUAGCCCUAGCACAAGCCCUGUUUAGCAAACCCGAUUUGCUGCUACUGGACGAGCCUACUAACAUGUUGGACUUAGAGAGCGUCAUAUAUCUAGAGAACUACUUGGAGAAGUGGGAGUCAACACUCCUGCUCGUGUCUCACGACAGAGAGUUCCUCAACGCCGUCUGUUCAGAUACGCUGCACCUUCAUUCGCAGAUGGUGGACACGUAUAAAG